AGGGGUCCGCGCUCAGAGUGUUGUUGUGUGUUGCUGCUGGGGACAGGCAGGGCUGCCAAGGUCGGUGAAAGUACUGCCGAGACCAACACUUCGGUUCAUAACAUCCUAAAAAGUACUACCCAAAGAGACACACAGAGACAAAGAGAAAGCGGAUGAUAUAGACAGCAACCCGAGGUCCUCCACCAGAGAAGAAACCAAAUGGGGAAUCUGUUAAAAGUGCUCACUUGCACAGAGCUUGAACAGGGGCCAAACUUUUUCCUUGACUUUGAAAAUGCACAGCCGACAGAAGGAGAGCGUGAAGUGUGGAACCAGGUGAACUCAGUCCUCCAGGACUCCGAGAGCAUCCUGUCUGGCCUGCAGGCGUACAAAGGAGCCGGCCAGGAGAUCAGAGAUGCAAUUCAAAAUCCCAGCGACUUCAUGCUGCAGGAGCGAGCCUGGAACUCAGUCUGCCCGCUGGUCAUCAAACUCAAGAAGUUCUACAGUUUCUCUCUCAGACUAGAGGAGGCUUUGCAGAGUUUGUUGGAGUGCCUGACAUGUCCGCCCUUCACGCCGACUCAGCACCUGGAGAGGGAGCAGGCGCUGGCCAAACAGUUUGCAGAGAUCCUCCACUUCACUCUGCGCUUUGAUGAGCUGAAGAUGAGAAUUCCUGCCAUCCAGAACGACUUCAGCUACUACAGAAGAACCAUCAGUCGAAACCGGAUAAACAAUAUGAACUUGGAUAUUGAAAACGAAGUCAACAACGAGAUGGCCAACAGGAUGUCUCUGUUCUACGCUGAAGCCACGCCCAUGCUGAAAACACUCAGCAACGCAACCACAAACUUUGUGACAGAGAACAAGACUCUUCCACUGGAGAACACAACAGACUGUCUCAGCACUAUGGCCAGCGUCUGUAAAGUCAUGCUGGAGACACCAGAAUAUUCAAGUCGUUUCAGCAGCGAGGACACAGUCUUGUUUUGCAUGAGGGUCAUGGUCGGAGUCAUCAUUCUUUAUGACCACGUCCACCCCAACGGCGCCUUCAACAAGUCCUCCAAGAUAGACAUGAAAGGCUGCAUAAAAGUGCUGAAGGAGCAGCCGGCAGACAACGUAGAAGGCCUCCUGAAUGCCCUCAAAUUCACCACGAAACACCUGAACGACGAGUCCACUCCGAAGAACAUCAGGACGAUGCUCCAGUAAUGUUUGUUCUUUUUUAUAAAUAGAUAUGAAGAGGAUCAAUGCUCUGACCUCAAAUAAGAUGUAUAUGUUUACAUUAUUUAAAAAGACUCGAUGUUAAUACUUGUAUUUGCAUAGUCAUUCCCUCCAAGCUAUUGAAACCUACAGAACAUGUACCUUCUUCUACUUCGCAACAAAACAAACAAAAAUUAAGCAUCACAUGAAUUGCCUCUACUGUUAACAGCUGUCAAAGCACAAAUGAUGGAUACCUAUCAGCCUUAUAUAACUGAGCUUUGAAACAGCACUUGGACAUAAAUGAACAAGGCAGCAUAAAAAUGUCCUUUAUUUAAUCUUUUCAAUCUUUUAUUGACAAUGGAAUUAAUUUAGUUUACAGGUUUUAGUCAAAUUAAACUUGUUUUUUUGAAGCAAAAUCUAUCUUUUUUUGAAAGAGCGAAGAUUUUAAAUUCUGUCACAGUUUAUAUCAGUGAGAAUUCAACAUGUAUUAAAACAGGUGAAGUUGUUUCUGUGUUUUCACUUGAGAUUUAAUGACAAUAUGAAAUCAAUCAAUGUUAAGGUGGACAUUUUUGUUGAGUGAAGGGCUAAAUAUUGAAAGCAGAUAAGGGAUUGAUUGGUUUUAUGUAUGUAUUGCUAAAAGCAUUAGGGUGUCUUCUGUUGUAUUUGUCUUUGUUUUUCUAACUCCAACCUGCAAAUGUUAAAAUAAAUCCACUGUGAACAUAAAACCUACUUUGCACAUCCAGUAAGAUCCAGUAUGUCAAAGUGUGCUUCAACUUUGAGGUUUUGCUGAUUGAAAAGGCGGUGAUAAUGAAACACGAAAUCAAAUCAACCCACCAAAUGUUUUAUUUAACCGUUUUGUGGCAAUGUUCUGAAUGAUAGUUGCGUAUUUCGCCAUGUUUUAAGUGACUCUUUGUGGCUUUUUUUAUUGAACAGAAAAUGCAUUUCUCUAAAAGAAAAGCCAAAAAAUCUUGCAUUCUGAAUUAAUGAUAUGUGCUUUUAAAAAGAAGGCUUUUUAAAAAAUGUCUUUCCUUAAAGGUUUCCAUUCUCUCAAUUUUUAAAAAUUGUUUAAGCUAUGAAUCUUUUCCCAGACGGGUUAAAGGAAUAAUUCACCUCGUCUCCACUGGUGAGACCAAUGUGAUCAAGUUCAUUGUUUAAACAUGAAUUUUGAUAUUGUUUUACUACAUUUAUUGAGCCUUCUAUACAUCAAACUAUACCCAGGGUUAUUUUAUAGCCUCACAUUUGACAGAAUAGCACACACCUCAUAACAUACUUUGCCUUAAAUUGGACUACUGAAGUCAAAGUUAAUGACUUUAAAAACUUGUGUUGCCUUUACCUCUGGUGAUUAUGAUCACUGUCACUGAUUAUAGCCAAUAUAUAAUACAAUCUAUUGUGUAUUACUGAUAUCCUGCCCCCUGUGUACUAACAUGGAUAUUCCUGAUUGUUGUCCAUUUCCUCAGUCAGUGUGUAACAGCAGCUCCUAACUUACCUGCUCACAAGGUCGGACAAUCCCACCAUCUGUAACUGUUGCACACUGCACAGUUCGAUCGUGGCUCAUUUGUACUGUUCUCCCUCAAGGCCAAUGACUAAGAUGAGCGUUUAUUAGAGGAUGCAACAAAUAAAUACUUCAUAUACUUCAUCAGUUGUUGAGACACAUUUUAUUUUUUAGUAAAACAGCUUUUCCAGAGGAAUAACUGGGCAGAUUCCUCAAAUUAACUUUACAAAUUAACUUGCCCACGCCAACUGUGAUCUUACAAUAUGGACAUGUAUGUGGCUUAUCAAGGAGCACAGCAUUGCCUUAAAGACAAUAUUUUUAUUUUUCAUCCACAACACAGAAUUAAAUCAUUUUUAUUUUACCCAUAAGCCAUAUACUGAACCAUACACAUUCACAUUAGGUUCAUUAACAUUAAAUUAACAUGUGAGGUAUCUACCAUUCAUUAAGUCUGUUUAUUUUUUGAUCCUCUUGUAUUUAGUAAUAUAUAUGCGUGUGUGUGUGAGCCAUACUUUGAAUGCAAUGUUUUAUAUGCAAUGAGUGAAAACUGUACAUGGAUGAGACUUGGAGCGAGGUGUACAUAUGAUACUGAUAUUUCAUAUCUGACUGAAGUGGCUUUAAGAAAAAUAAAAUGAACAUCUUCUGUCAUGAAUGAUGUACACAAAGCUUCCCUCUUUGCCCAAGAUAUGCUACUGUGUGUUGAAUGCCAGAUGUUGUUUUGAAUACUGAGACAAAAUCAGUUUUAUGUCUUAAACUGACAUUAUUGUUUAAUAGUUUGGAGUUCAGACUCACUGUUUAUAUAAAUUGCUUUGGCUUUGUAUUGCAUAUGGAAUGGGAUGUGUGGAUUGGAUAAUAAAGGUGGUACAUUUCUUAUACAGA